AUGUUAAAAAGACGUCCUAAUGCUCUCAUUGCUGUGAGUAGAACUAAAUUAUCUUCUAUCACAGCUGUUGCCUAUUACCAUAACCGUCUCCCAAACCAACAGCAAAGGCCUACUCCAACGUCACCGCGGAAAGAAAUUAAGAGCUUGGAGGACUUAGCUAAUUUGGAUUCUUUAGAGGGUGUCGAUACUGAACUGAUACGCGAUUUGAUUAAUGAGCGUACUACGGAACUAAAUAUCAAGAAGGAGUUAGAUAUGCUCAAGAAAUUUUCUCAAGAGGAAGAAUCAGGACACGAGAUCCCCUUAAAAAGAUUUAUUAGACCUCUCUGGAUGUUCAUACUAAUGGGAUCUUCCGUGUACUUACUACUUCACUUUUCUUGGUGGAAAUUAGAGCAUGAGGAGAGAGAAAACCAGUUGAAGAAAGAGGUAGAAAUUCUGGAAGGCCAAUUAAAUGAGUUAAUCGGUCAGGAUAAAACUUACAACAGCGUAGGAGGAAAGUACAGUACAACUCAUACAAAGCCCUGGUAUAGAAGAUGGUUUUGGUGA